UAUAUUUUAGAGACUUUUAUUUUUGUUCCUAAUUGGCGAAUGAUGCUUCUCCAUAAUUUUGCUAUAUGAAUGUAAAGAAUUUGCUACAUAAAGUAGACAUUUUCGAUGACCAAACUAUCCUGUUUUAGCCUGUGACAGUAAGCUAUCUGUAACUUGCUAUAGGAAAGGCUCAUUCCAGUAUGUUAUAUAAUUCAAUGCGUGGUUAUGGUGCGCAGUUUCUUGUAGCUCGUAUCUCAGCUAUGAUCGAGCUUCAAUCUCUGUGAUACUCGAUUCCUAAACGAUAUAAUAAAUCGUUAGAUUCCAUAUAAAAUUUGGCGUUUCCUUAUUUUUAUAUCUGCUCCAUUUAUUUAAAAAUGAGUUUGAUAAAAAUUAUAUUAAGUAGUCACAUCAAAAGAGAUAUUCGGAAAUGUGAUAUUUGAAGAAAAUGAUAUCAACUGAUCAUGUAACUUGAAGAUAUAAUUUUUAUAUCAAAGAUAUAAUUUUAUUCUCCUGGUGGGGAACGUCGAUAUCUCUUGACGUUUUUAAGUUCGUACAUCGGUCAAGUGUAGUCAUCAUGCGUAACGUCAACGUCGUCAACUCGAUGACGGGGUGAUGAGACUGACAAGUGCAUUAGUGCGACAGAAAGAUGCCGUCGUUGAAAAUUUUUCGCAUUGAAUUUGAUCGCGCGGAUGCUGUUUACAUACCCGGCGAAUGUGUCAGCGGCUUCGUUAUUAUCGAUCUGGCAAAGGAAAAACUUGCCGAAGAACUAAAAUUAUCGGCUAAGGGAGAGGCUAACGUCAGUUGGGAUGAGGAAUCGAGUUCGACAGAUUGUAAUGGAAAUUCUACAACUACCACUUGGACUUAUAGGGCAAAUGAAAAAUAUUUUGAAUUGACCAUUUCACUGUUAGAAAAAUCGGAAGACGAUGGAAAAGUGCAUAUUCCUGCAGGAUUGAGUAGAUAUCCUUUUUGUAUCCAAUUACCAUGCGAUUUACCAUGCAGCUUUGAACACCAUGUUGGUCAUGUCAGAUACACGAUAAAGGCGGUCAUUGUUAGAUCAUGGCGAUUCAAUCACGAAUGUAAAGCUGCAUACACCGUAAUUACAAUUUACGACCUAAACAUUCGUCGUGAACAAUGUAUCGGCAUAGACGAUGAAGUAAACCAAUCUUUCUCUUGCUGUUUCUGCUGCGUCAGCGAUGGUUUGAUAAAUGUGCAUAUUAAAUUACCGAUGACAGGAUUCGUCCCCGGACAAUGGAUUGAGGCAAUCCUCGAUUUAAAACAUAACGCCACUAUUAACGAAUUGCAGAAAAUCUGCGUUAAAUUACAGCAAUCCCUUGAGUUCCGCGCCUCGUUCCGCGAGGAUGCGCCCUUUGAUAAGAAAAAGAAGGAUAAAGUAACUGUGGCAACUGUGCAAAAAAUAACACCAUUCGAUAAACACCUCGAUAAACACACUAUCGCAUUACGUUUAUUUAUUCCACCGAUACCACCUUCGGACCUACAAUUCUGCGAUAUAAUUGAUCUAAAAUAUAUCCUCCGUAUCGUCCUUCAUAGUAAAAACUGGUACUAUAAGAUCGUCAAAGAGUAUCCGAUUUUAAUUGGAACAAUACCGCUGCGGUUUAUACCGGCGCCUGCAGCUUCAUCUUCUUCAGAUGUAUUUCCAUCUACAUCGAAGAGAGAAGACGUGACUCCAGAAUCUAAUAUUGUACCUUCUCCAAGUACACCAUCGCUGAACGAUUUUGUUGAUACUCCUCCAUCAUAUGAAGAAUCCUUGUCGCACAGAGUGUCUUGCAUCAGAGAUCCGAAGGACUCUAUAUACGUGCAUGGUGUUAACGAACCCUUUGCACCUAAAUAUCCAGUCUUCAAAUAUUUCGAGUAAGAUGACUAAGGUAAUUAUACUAAUUAAGUCUUAUAUAAUUUCUAUCGGCAUGUAUUUAUCAAUACUUUACUUGCAGAUCCUCCUGAGAAUGGAAGGUCGUCUAAGCUGAAAACAUCGAAUAAAAAAUGAUUACUAUCGUUUUUAAUUAUUUCUAAUUUAAACCGUUGAUUUGUAAUCGA